UACAGUCACGAACAGACUUACUAUUUAUUUAUUUCCACUGUUUUUUUCCACACACAUACACUCCUUUUGGCUGUUCAUCGGUGCGCAGCAGUCCUGUUUCACGCCUUCACACAGCUGGUCAUCGUCUCGUUGUCGGAAAAGUUACACAUUACCACUGCUUUUGGUUAUUUUAUGUAUUUUUUUUUUUUUGCACAAUUCGCCGUCACAUGAAUAAUAUAAGGGAACGCAGAAGGACGAUAAUCAACCAGUCGUGAAAUUGCUGCGGCGAAGUAAACAGAGCCAUAAAUGACAUAAUCAAAAACAAAUAAUUGAAUAAAAGUGCGGUAAAUUAGACACAAAAAUAAUGGGAGGAGGACCUUCAACAGGAUUUCGGCGAUUCCUACAUUUUGGACCUAUCAUUGCCAUAUCAAUCAUCAAAAGUAUCACCUUCACAACGCUUUACAUGAACUCAAUGUGGUGGCCACCCCAACAAUCUCUCGGAGGUUUCAUCAACCAAACCAUCUUCCUGAUGCUCUCGGCACUGACAGUCUUCAAUUUUGUGAUGGCGUCUCUCAUUGGCCCGGGUCAAUUACCGCUCAAGUGGCGACCAAAGAACAAAGAAGACGAAAAAUUCCUGCAAUACUGCGACUUUUGCGAGGGUUUCAAAGCACCGCGCUCUCAUCACUGUCAACGUUGCGAACGUUGCAUCAUCAAAAUGGACCAUCAUUGUCCGUGGAUCAACACGUGCACCGGUUGGGCGAACCAAUGUUACUUCAUUGCCUUCCUGGCGUUCGCCGUAAUCGGUUCAUUUCAUGCCUGCUUCAUUCUCGUUUGUGCCCUUCUCAAAGGUCUCACGCAAGAUGCUUACACGACGUACAUCCAUGCGGGUCUCAUGGUGCAACAACCGACCCGGGGCGCCGUUCAUAUCGGAAUUUACAGUCUCGUGCUCUCCGUUUUCAACAUUGGACUUGCGGUGGGCGUCAUUAUCGCCGUCGGGAUGUUACUUUUCUUCCAACUGCGAGCGGUGCUGCGAAAUCGCACGGGAAUCGAAGACUGGAUCUUGGAAAAGGCAAAAUAUCGAAGUCAGGCAACGGGAAAGCCUUUUGUGUAUCCUUACGACUUGGGACGUUGGGAAAAUUGGAAACAAGUACUUAAUUGGAAUUGCGCUCCGGUGGGAGAUGGCAUCGAAUGGCCCGUCGUAGAUGGGUGUGAUCAGUAUACGCUGACGUGUGAACAGCUGGAACAGAAGAAAGUGAAGCGAAAACGAGCGGGAUAUUACGAAAUUACGAAGGAAGCGACGGGAAGUUGGUGCCCGAUUUGGUCGCAGGGAAUUAAAACGGUGAUUUUUAGUCCGAUUAGCGACGAAUCACGAAUUAAGUUGGAUGUUGGAGACAAAGUUCGUGUUACGAGAUGGAGAAAACACUGGCUUUUUGGAGAGAAACUUCAACCCGAAACCAACGGAGGCACGGAACACAAAAAACUUCGAAUUCGCGGAUGGUUCCCGCGCCAAUGUGCAAUGGAGUUGUAUGACGGCGACGAAGACUACGACGAAUCGCCACAAACUACUACUAAUGAUACGGACCUCAACAGUAAUGGAAACGCCAAAAAAUUAAAAUAAAUUAAUUUAGCGAAUUUUUUCCUAUUAAUCCACCUCUUCUUACUAUUAAAACUAAUAUACUAAUUCCAGCUUUUGUUAAUAUGCAAAAAAAAAGAUUUUCUAUUAAAAAUG